AUGAAAUUAGGGAGUCGAGUUGAUUCUAUCAUAAUAACAUUCUAUGGCAAAUCUUCUAUUGCUUUAGAAUAUGGUGGUUCUGAGGUAGCAAAGAACUAUGAAGGAAAGAAAUCUACAAAAUGGCUCUUUGAAGCAGAUUUAAAAUUGCCAAAGGUUCUCAAAGACAUGCUUUUGCUAUUAAACAGUCAUAUUUCUGAUAUGAAAGAAAGAAGGAAACUCAUAACUGUUGGCUACAUCCAUGGGGGUCUUCAACUUAUGUUUAUGACUUUAGAUAAUCCUGCUGGGUAUGUUUUCUGUCUUGUAAAAAGUUCAUUAUACAGUAUUCCUGUUUCUUUCCAAAAUUUUACAGAAGCACUGGAGUUGAUUGCUUCUGUAUGGACAAUGAAGCAAAAGCCUGUGAAAUUUGGUGGCCCAAUGAUAAAAGGAGCUGAUCAAGAAAAUCAAAACACUAAUAUCUCAAAAAAAAGAUCUAUAUCAAAAAAUGAUACUCCGAUUUCAAACAAGAGAAUAAAUAUAAAUGAUUGA